AUGCGGCAGGACCAGAAAUACAACAGGCCAAGUGAAUACCACACAUUCGUGGACUACCCUAUGGUAGCGCCAGGAAUCAUUGUACCGCAGGCGGCCGACAACCGGCUCAGUCGUGCAGAAUCUCUAACCAACGUGCAGUUCGUUGUCAAGGGUCUUCCCACGCCCGGGCUCCGCCUCGGCCCCUCCGCAGUGCUACCACCACAGCUGGCAAAUUUGCAGGAUGAUGGGCCAAUACGACUGCUCUAUGGAACGAGCGAGCUUAUCAUCAGAAUAAUGUGGCCAGGAUACCCAAGCUGGGAUAAGCGAAUCACAGCGGGGAAUAGCAACGCCCAGGUACCUCUAGCCAAGUUCGCAGCCCUGGUCGCUGGUACGAUUCAGCAGUUUCUGGAGGACAUGUCAAAUAAGCCGUCGAACGAGGCCCGUAGUGAUUGGUGGAUCUCUCAGAUCGGUAUCGAGUCCCUGGUAUUGCUGGAAGUUCGGAGGACUGGUCCUGGCACCUGGCAGCCUAUGCUUUGUCGUAUAGUGUAG